UCGCCCGUGGGAGUUACCUUUUGCCAAGGAAGGAAAGCAAGAUUCGGGCGGGGUUAUACCAAGCUAAAAGCAUCGAGGUUGGACAACAAUAUAACACAGCAGAGAACUGUUAACAUUUGUUUGUUUGUAAUUGUCGUCUCCACUUUUAUUAGUUUAUAAGUUCAUCCUUCCUCCACCUGAGGAAACAUACUAGUUUUACUACAUUACUGUGUAUAAAAUCUCCCAUUGCUGGUCACUGUCAGAAAAGAAGAAUGAAGAAGCACUUCGGUCCCUUUUUUCUUAUUUUUCUGUUCUUGAUCCACAACCGACGAACCUCUUCAGAAGUUUCAGCACAAGAUGAAUUUAUCAGAACUGAAGGCGUACAAUUUCUAGAAGAUGGCAGUCCAUUCUAUGCAAAUGGUUUCAAUGCCUACUGGUUGAUGAUCUUUGGCUCUGACCCAUCUAAGCAAAACAAAGUAUCUACUGCAUUUGAAGAAGCUGUUAGCCAUGGCCUUACUGUUGCAAGAACUUGGGCUUUUAAUGAUGGAGGUGAUUUCCCUUUGCAGUUUUCUCCUGGCAAUUACAAUGAAAAGAUGUUUCAGGGAUUGGACCUUGUCAUCUCUGAAGCAAGAAAGUACGGAAUAAGGCUGAUAUUAAGCUUGGUAAACAAUUAUGACAAUUUUGGAGGAAAGAAGCAGUAUGUAGACUGGGCUAGAAGUAAAGGCGAGAAUCUGAAUUCUGAUGAUGAUUUCUUCACAAAUGCUGUUGUCAAAGGCUACUAUAAAGAUCACAUCAAGGCUGUUCUAACCAGACAAAAUAGCAUCACGGGAGUAUUUUACACGGAUGAUCCCACAAUAAUGGCUUGGGAGCUUAUGAACGAACCAAGGUGCACCACAGAUGCAUCAGGCAAAACUAUACAGGCUUGGAUCUCAGAAAUGGGUUGGUUCCUGAAGUCCAUAGACAGAAAUCACUUGUUAGGAGCUGGGCUUGAAGGGUUCUACGGAUCAUCGAAUGCUCAAAAGCAGCACUUAAAUCCAAAUUUUCAAGCAGGAACAGAUUUCAUAGCAAAUAAUCAAAUUAAGGAUAUUGAUUUUGCCACGGUUCACUCGUAUCCGGAUGCAUGGUUAGCUGGCCAAAGUGAAGAAGCUCAACUUUCAUUCUUGAUCAACUGGCUCCAAAGCCACAUUCAGGAUGCAGAGAAGAUUCUUCGAAAACCCCUUCUAUUUACAGAAUUCGGGAAAUCAUCAAAAGAUCCCGGCUUCAACAUGAAUCAGAGAGACCUGUUGUUCAAUACUGUCUAUUCAACCAUUUACUCCUCGGCCAGUGGCGGAGGGGCGGCUGCAGGUGGCUUAUUCUGGCAAUUUUUAACUGAAGGAAUGGACCCUCUUCGCGAUGGCUACGAGGUCAUCUUGAGUGAAAGUUCUUCAACAGCAAGCAUCAUCGUCCAGCAAUCACGAAGGCUUAAUAAAAUCCGAAGAAUGUAUUCUAGAAACAGUAAUGCAUUACCAAGGAAGGAAGCUAGAAACUUUGAUGGUGACAAUCUUGGACCUUGAGAAAAUGGGAUAAAUCAAUCUCCAAGUAAAAUUUUACUUGGAGGAAUUCUCACGGUUUGUUUCGGGGUAGGAUGUAAAACGCUUCAAGAUUUCUCUCGUC